CAUACAUACUGGCGGGACUUCCGCCAACCACUGUUACUAGGACCCGGAUCCUGUCCCUAACAACGGCUUGAGUUGAAUGAGGGAGUUGCUGCGGAGCUGGGGUGAGGUGUGUCUGCAAUGGCAGAGCCAGAAGCAAAAAAGGAAGAGCCGGAUUCCAGACGUCUUCAAACCUUCCCCAUCGUCAGACAUUGCGAUAUGCCAGAGGAAAUGAAGGUUGAGACAAUGGAACUGUGUGUCACGGCUUGCGAAAAAUAUUCUGCAAAUAAUGAGACUGCAGCCAAAAUGAUCAAAGAAACCAUGGACAAGAGGUUUGGAGCUUCCUGGCACGUUGUGGUUGGUGAAGGGUUUGGGUUUGAAGUCACCCAUGAGAUGAAGAACAUUCUGUACAUGUAUUUUGGGGGCAACAUGGCGGUGUGUGUGUGGAAAUGCACAUAACUGAACUGUGUGUGGAACGGCAGCACUGAACCCACCUUCCCUCUGUUCUCCAAAUCCAGCUGUAUGUCAGUCCUCCGCAACUCGUCGCUGAUGACAAGUUCUGCACGUGGACAUUUCAACGACUCCAAGGACUUUUUAGGGUUACAAGAGCUGCAGGAGUGAGAACUAAAGUAUUUUUAUUUCCCUGUUUUUAAGAUAACAUACAAAAAAAAGGUCAAACACAGAUUAAAUAGGUUAUCCUGUUGAGAUGCUGAAAUAUUAAUGUGACUUGGAACAGUAGCAAGUUGAAUAAUCCACAGAAGGACAAUGCUUUUUUUUAAAAAAAGAUCUUGAAUCAUAUUGCCAUCGUUGCAUGGCUGAAAGGAAUGGAUUUUCCUGCCAAGUUCCCAGAAGCUGAAUUUUCACUAUACCAAGUGGUUGUCAGAGAAGCCACUCCUAGAUUUUAGUAGAUCUGGCAGAACCUAUUAACGUUAUUGAGGUGGGGGAAGGGAGAAUAGCGGUUAACUUUAUAUUCUGACUGGCAAAUGAAACCUGGCUUAAUCCUCCUGGCUCUUUGUCCUAAUGACACUACACGCAGUUUAGAUACACCUACAUUUUUAUUCUUCAACUUGUAGGAGAAUAAGUUGGGAGGGGAGAUAAGAAACCAGUCCAUUUCACCAUUAGUUCAGGGUAGCAUUACCAGUUCUGGGUCGGAAAUACAAGCCUUAGAGGAAAAUUCUUCAUUAGCUUGUUUAGAACUACUUGAUUUUUUUUUACUUUUUUGUGAUAGAAAUGCUCUUACAUGUUUUAAUAAAAAAAAAAUGAAUGGUA